GUGGUACUGAGAUAAUAAAUAUUUCUCAGAUAGAUGCUAAACAUACUACGCAUUUAUAUAUAAAAAGUUACACUAGUAUUUGUUUUAUUAUUUUGAUAAGUAUAUGAGAUAUACUGUUGGUUCGACUGAUUUUGUUAGAUAUUCAUGCAACUUGGAUUUGAGUGGUGCAAGGAUUUCGUCUAUAGAUGUAAAUGUUUACGAAUGGUGCUAGUAUAAGUUUUAAUUUAUUUCAAAAUAAACAUUCAAGUUGCUCUUACAAAUACUUUUAUUUUAUUUCUUCACUGUUUAUUAUUGGUUAAACAUGGACCAGGUUAGUCUUGCACCUCAGCAUAAUGGAUUGUAUAUUUUAAAUGGCCAAGCAGUUCUAAUUCAGAAUGCAACACAGACUAGAAAUAUCUCUGGAUCAACAAGUGAGAUUUUUCAACAAGAUAUUGAUGGUUUGUCCGCUGUGGUUGGUAAUCAAACACUUAAGGCUGCGAAUUGCUUAGGUCAAAAUUAUGUGGUGUUGGAUAAUUGUAAACCAGACGAUGGAACAGUUGUACAAUUGUCUAUUAGUGAUGAUUUCCCAAUUGAGAUGCUAGAUGCAUUUCAAAAGAAAGAAGUUAGCAAUGAUGUAUCUGACUCAACUUUGUUGAAGAAUAUUUUUGAACAGGGAAAUAAUAAACCGGAUAACUCAUCAUCAUCAGACCUCCUAAGCAGUUUUUUAAAAUUUACCCCAAAAGAGAAAGUUGGAAAUCAGUUUGAGUUGGUAUCUCCAAUUAAAGGUAAUUUUACUUAUGCCUAUCAAUUAUCAGAUGGUGCGAAAUUGUGCCCUUUAACUAACGUUGACAAUGGAACAAGCAGGAUCAGUAUUCCAGUUGUUUCUAGUGAGCCAGACAAUAAAUUUUCCAUGAAUGCAGCUGUUCCUUCACAAGUAUCAAUUCCUCAGGUUUCAUCUCAGCAGACUGGUCGAAAAUUGGUCUAUGUAAACAAUAUAUUAAGUGGUGCUAAUGGGAAACCACGUUUAAUUUUAAAUAUGAAACCUAAAAGUAUUCAAGAUCAAAGGAAACGUAUAACUCAGAAAAUCCAAAUUGUUCCAUCUCAAGGCAAGUCUGUACUUUAUAAUAAUCUAAAAAGUAGUUCUCAGAAGAUUGAAACGGUUCCUAUCAAUUCUUCCAAGGAAAAAGAAAUGGUUAAUUCUAAAAUAGUUAUUCAGAAAGACUCAUCAAAUAAUAUUACUAAAAUGCCUCUUUUGUUGAAUACUCUGUUAACCACUAAGGCACCUGAAAAUUCUCAAGUUGGUGAAACAAAAAAUAUCAGUAAUGCUCAAGUAGUUCAAACUGAUGGUCCAGUGCAACGGUCAUUGCUCAAAAUGCAAUUGCAACAACAAAAGCCUCCAGUUAAAACAUCGCCAACUGUUAUUCAGAAAGAAUCGGCUGAUAAUGAAUUGAAACCAGUAGGAAGGUUAACAGAAUCUCAAUUGAAAAAAAUUGCUGCAGUAUUCAGGAAUAGUUGCCUUAACCGCACUAGGCUCACAAAUUCAACCAUCUUUGAUACUGAAACAAACACAAGAAUAGUUUGCAGAGUUGUCUAUCCAGAAGAUUUAAUGAAAGAUGGAGAAAAACAAGUUGCAAAACGAGGGAAAAAAAGAGCUAGAUCUGUCGAAGUUGUCAAAAAGUCUGCUCCUGAAGAUGAUAAAACUAAAAAACCUCCGCCACCAUCAGCUCGAACAAGAUCUGGUAGACUUUCUCGUCCUCCUCGUUAUAUGGUUAAAGAUUUUAAAAAAUUAACUGAAGAUUCUGAAGCAUCUUACUCAGACUACAUGAGUGAUUCAGAUGAAAAUAGUGAAAAUUCUCCAUUGCUACCUUUGCCUACUCCGCAGCAACGGAAAUAUCCUCCUAAAUUUCACUGUCCAACAUGUGGUAAAGUAUAUUUAGGAAAAAGAAGGAUGUUCAAACAUUUUACUGAAUAUCCAACCCACAGGGACCCUAAAACAGUUAUUGAAUUGGAAGAUGAAAGUCAGGAAAAUAAUAAGCAGCAAGACAAUGAAAGAAAUUUAUGGAGGAAGAUAUUUCGAAAAAGUGCUCGAAAUCCUAAAUUAAACAGUACAGCAUUACUGAAAGAAUUGUUUCAGGUAUGCUCUAAUAACGAUUUAGUUCCUCUGGCCAAAGAAAGGGUUGCAACAAAUGUUGAACCAUGGGAUUAUUUGAAACUUCGCUGUUCAAAAGAAGAAGGUGGUGUAAGGACUCUUCUCUCAGACUUAUCCUCACUUAUAAAAUCCAUUCCUGCGAACUUACUGGUUCCUGUGAAACCUAGUGAUACAGGUUCUGUGCAUAUUGAAGAUGAAAAAUUAUGCCAGUUGCUUGGUAUAUCUCCUGGGCACUAUAUGCCUAAUGAAAACUCUUUAAAAGAUGAUGUAUCAGAAGAGAUUACUGAUAGCAACAAUGCAGUGUCUAAUACAGAUCUAAAGUGUGAUAAACAGUCGACAGAAAACAUUUGGACUUUAAGAAAUGACUUGUAUAAUGAUGACACUUUAAAAAUGGAAGUAGAUCCUGGAAAACUGGAUCCUGUUGAUGCUGUUUUAAAGGAUGAUUCGUCAGAACUUAAUGAAAUAUUAUUAGAAAAAUCUUUUGACUCAGUCGAUCAAAUUGUAAGUGAAAGACUGAAUGAUUUGAUUCCGACGAGUCCGAUCGAUGUUAGUUCACUUGUAGAAGCUCAGGUUCUAGCACGGUCUAUACUUUCCUCAUCUCCUGAUCUUCUCCAAGGCGUUUCUGGCUCGACAGAAGAUUUAAUGAAAACAUUAGAGACCUUGACGCCAGAUUUGCCGACAGACGCAAGUGCUUCUGAUUUUGAUUUCACAGUUCUUUCAUCAGACUUCACAUCUGAUAGGUGACAGAAGCCUUUGAAUUUUAGUUACUUUAUCGAAUCAAUUAAUUAAAUUUUAUUAUAUUUUCGAUAUAUUUUUCUUUAUUUAAACUUUAAUUCACUGAAACACCAUUUUUAAUAUAUAGAUAAAAAAUAUUUUCAGUAAAGGUUAUUUGCAAUUCCCUCAGGUUAUUAGUAGUAUCAUUUAUUUUUUUAACUGCGAAUAUUCAUGAAUUUAAUCAAAAAGUAUAAAUUUAAAUACUUUUAAUAUAAUUAAGUUUGUAUUUACAAAAGGCUACCUAUAAUUCAGUAGGUAAUGGGCUGCUUUAUAAAAAUGUAAAUUGCUUAAUACUUAGUUAUUCUAAUGGAACAGCAUUUUUGAAAACCAUUUCAUACUUUUUUACAUCUAUGACAAGUAUAAUUUUUUUUCAAUAGGCAUAUUUUUAUUUAAAGAAAAUUAAAAAUAGCAAGUUAUAAACAAAUAAUGUCCCUUCCUUUCUCCAUUUACUUAUGUAUACCCAUUAAUUGAGUCCAUUGUUGCAAGAAGGGGACAUGCUCUAAAAGUGCGUUUUGAGAUACAAGCUAGCUAUGAUUUUUGAUGAUCUGAAAAUUUAUAUGAUCCCAACUACUUCUUCUGAGAUUCUAUCAUACCAACUAGUUAUUCAUAAGCCCAUGGCAAAUUUGUUUAAGAAACUUAGUAACUAAUUACAUGACCUUUUUAUGGAGAAUGCUAUUUCCGAGGUCCCGUCUCCCCUAGAAUAUUUUAUUGAUUCAUUUAUUCUUCUAUUAAAAUAUAAUUAGCAGUUAAUAUUUAUAAUAAAACAAAAUAAUUGCAUAAAAAAGCAAUAUAUUUGUCUUUGUUAGAAAAGAAAAAGUAUUAUGAAUGUUCAAAAAAUAAUUAUAAGCUUGAGAUGAAUAAAAUAUGUUUGCACUUUAAGGUAUCAAAAAAUAUAAUUAAAUUAACUAGGCCAUUAAAGUACAAUAAAAAUAAGAAUAUAAAAAGACUAUAGAGCCCAUUCCAUUUUAAGGGACAGAAUAUAGUUGUUAGUAAAGAUGAUUUUUGUAGUUGAAACUUGGUGUAGUAGUCGGAUCACUUCACACUCUAGUUAAACUCAAGAAUCUUCUGACAAUAUAUCAAUUUACUUUUUGUAUAUUUACUUCCACAGAUAUAAAGAGCUUUCUCUGUGUUAAUACUUAAGGAUGCAAAAGACAGAAUGUUCUUGUAAGGAGCCUUGUAGCUUGUAGAGAAAGCACCCAAUUACUACACCAGGUUUCAAUAUUCAUAGACACUAACUUCACUAAAAAACCCACUGAUGUGUGUAAUUAGAUAUGCAAGUAUAUUCUGUCACUUACGAGGUUGUGAUGGCUGAGCAUGUUAAGGCAUUGCCUGUUUUAGCAUUCUUGUGUUUAACAAUGCAGUGUGUUUUGGUUGAAAUUUAUUUCUCGGCGGAUCCACGAAAUGAAUCUCACCUUCCCACUCUGGUUAGAAUAGAUUUGGUUUAGCUGUAGAACAAACAUCCCCCCUCCUCUCAUAUGCUAAAAAUGGUGAGGUAGGACGUAAUCCAAUAAACAAAACAUUGGUUAUUUUUGCAGUCAGUUUUUUUUAAAUUUAAUUUUUUAAUCUUUUUAGUUUUUCAAUUAUUGGUAAUUCACAUGCGAUUUUGAAUUUCUUUACACAUGGUAUGAUAUGAAACCAACAAAAUAUUGAGAAUACGUAAAGUAUUAUGAAUUUUUUUUUUAAUGUUUAAGCUUAAAGUGUUUUAAAAUGCUCACAGAAUCUUGCUGUGUAAUUUGAGGCAUCAUACUUGAAAAGCUUUAGCCGUUCAUUCAAAUUCAUAACACUUCCAAAUGUACACACUAAUGAUAUUUAUCAAACUAAUUUGUCAAUAUUUGAGCUCAAAUUGUUUUAAAAUAUUCAUGGAAUCUCACCGAAUAAUCUGAGCUAUCGAACUUGAAAAUUGUUUGAGCCUUUCGUUCAACAAAUCAUACCUUGAAAUUUAAACACAUUAUUCUAUUUGUCACUUUGCAGUAUUCAGGUAACAAAUAUAAAGGCUUUCAAUGUCACAUUCUAAUUUUUUAUUAAAUAACUGAAGACUAGUUGAGGCAAUUUUUAAAAGUGAUAAGAUUUAUUUGGUAAACUGUUAUAAAAUGCACACCAUAUAAAAAUAUAUAUUUAUGAAACUCUAAAGUUUGUCCUUUUAUUUAUCUGAUCUGAUCUCCUAUAUACUAGGCCAGGGAGCUAAUACUCCUAUGCUUAGCUCUAUCAUUAUCUUUCAGUUCGGUAUAUGUUCUGUUCUGGAUUUGUAUUAAGAGUUAUACAUUAUGCAUUAAAAAAAAAUGUUUUUCAUCAAAAUAAUUAAGUAUGUUCAGUACCCCUUAUUAUAAAUAAAAUGGGCAUAAAAUAAAAUAAUGCUGAUUGAUGAAAUAAUUCAGAAAAAAAAAUCCAAAUGUUAAUUAAAAAAAUUUGUUUGAAAUAAUUAAAGCCAGUUUUUUCGAUUUAUCCAGUUUCGCAUAAUGUUUUUAUUGUAGAUAAUUGUUUUUCUGUGAAAAUUCAUGCUUUAUUCAUUCCCAUCAACAAUGAAUUAAUGAGAGUCUUCUAUAAGUACUUUCUCCCAAUGAUAUAGAUUCUGAAGAGAGGAGAAAAAUAAAUGUCUAUGAAAUAUAAUUCAAUUAAAUUUUUUUUUUCUUUAUUGUUUUAUUUCUAGUUCUUUAUUUUAUUUUUGAUUCUAAUUUUUUAGAGUUGCUUUUCAUUAAUUAGACGAUUAUAGCAGGGUUCAUUUAGGAAGACUGUUAAGAUAUUGCUAAUCAGAAUUAUCUUUAUUUUAUAUUCAAAGAUCUUGUUGGUUAUGCAACAAGUAUAACUGAUAAUAAUAAUAGCUUUAAACUAUUUUUGCGAUUUUCCUUUAAAUAAGACUGUUAUUAAUUAUUUUCUUAUUUAUGUUUUUCUUUAUUUAAUUUGAAUUUAUUCAGUUAUUAUAAGGGGAGGAAUAAUAGAUUUUAAGCCUCAAUGGAAGGCUUGUCAUCAAUUCAUAACAAGCUUUCCAUAUCAAAUGUGGGUUUGUUUUCUCUUAUUGGGGUUUUUAAAACAUUUCAAAAUACUUAUUUUUAAUGUGGAAAUAGUUUUAGUUUUGUUGAUGGAAUUAGUAGCACAAGAUUUAGUUCACGUUAUAGGAUUAAUGUUUGAAGGAGAUUUUAUGCAUAGAAGUGUAAUUAAAUUUAAUAAUUGACAACAAUUUCUGAAAAUGUAAUAAUAAUUGUUUUAUCUUUUUUUUUAAGUUCCUUUAACGGUUAAUUCUUCCAAUGGGCAUAAAAAUUGUAUUUUGUAAAUUAUAGCAUAUUUUGUUAUACAGCUACAUAUAAAUAUUUCUUUGAUAAUUAAAUUAUGUAAUAUAAUUAAUUUUAGUAUUAGUGUAGUUUAUAUAUUAUUGGUUGUAGUAGUUAAAAACUCUUUAAAGUUUAUAUUUUUUUUUCUCUCAUGAUCAAGUUUUCAACAUUCAUGGUCAGAAACAGGAAUGUUUUUCACUGAUUUCUUUAUGAAAUACCUUGACAUUGUUCGACAAUUUUUAAAUUUAUAAUAAUGUUUUUAUUUCUGUAUUUUGUCAUAAUGUAAGCAAACAUUAUUACCUGAUGAAACCAAAUUUUAAGUGUUGUAGGGCAUGAAUAUUAUUUGUUAAUUUUAAUAUUAACUUAUCGUAAUCUUUGAAUGUUUUAGAGUGGAUGCAGUAGAGCAUAAAUAAUGUGAAAAUUGUUGAUUGAUAAAAUUGAUAUUUCCUAAGUACUUUCUCAACUACUCAGUAAACUUCAGCGAUUAUUCUUUUAAUUUUUUUUUUUU